AUGUACUUGGAGAACAAAGAUGGAGGAGUCGUUUCCAGAGAACUAGAAAUGGAAUUAAAUCAAACAUUGGCUCCAGCUCGUGCAAAUGUACAUGGACAUAUGGGAGCUGAACCAAUUACUAGCAACUUUAAUGAGCUAAGGUUGCUGAAGGAGUUCCACGGGAUAGCAGCUGUUGAAGGGGAGUCCCAGAAAUCUUCUCCCUGUGGAACAGAAGAGGAUGACUGCUGUAUUGCUUUGGAUGAUGGCUUCAGCCCACUCUUAACGCAAGAGAGAUCCCAUUUUACUCUACCCAAAUUCUUCAGUUCUAGGUCUAAGGAUAGCUGCUUUACUGAAAAGACUCCUUUGUUGAAGACUUCCUCAGAAGAAAAUGGGUUACAACGCAUGACUAUUCACCGUUCAGUUUCCCUCAUGGAUGAUGAAUCUUGGGACAGUAGCGCUGCUGACUGGGAGCAAAGAGGUCUUUUAGGAAAUGAAAUUGUCAGCUUCUCCACAUCUGCUUCCUCAGAGAAGAGUGAAUUUCUGGACAGUUUUCAUGUCAAAUUCAAUCUAUCAAAACUGAGAAGCUGCUUAAGAUGUUUGAAAGUCACCGGCCUUUUUAUCUUUGGAGUUGUAUGUUCUAUUUUAUUUAGCACAUAUCCAGAUCAUGGAAAAUCCUGGCAGAUGUUGGCUGUGUCACCUCUGGAAAGCUACUCUGUGAAUCUUACAAAUGUUGGUGACUCUGCUCUACUCAAGUUAGAGCUGGCAGGGUCCUUGAUAGUUGGUGUGGUUAAUCGGCCUCAAGCGGAAGAACAUAUUGUGGUUGAAGUUACUCAGUCAGAAGACCCUGGCUCCCGAAGGAGGCGCCCACAGCAACAGGUCAUCUAUAACUGGACCAUCUUUUUAAAUUCUAGAAGAAAUGAACGAGCUGUUACUUCAAGGACUUUUGAGAUAAUUACCAGAGAGACCAUUUCAAUAAAUAUUCGAGGCUUCCUCCAGAAAAACCAGGUGAUUCCCCUUUCAAUGGCUCACCAAUACCUCCAUGCAGACAUAGAGACCCAAGUAACCAUUGCAUCAGUCAUUUUGGCGGGAGUUUAUGUGCUAAUCGUAUUUGAGAUUGUUCACAGAACUCUGGCGGCAAUGUUGGGCUCCCUUGCUGCCUUAGCGGCAUUAGCUGUUAUUGGUGAUAGACCCAGCCUGGUCAGAGUGGUGGAGUGGAUUGAUUAUGAGACUCUGGCAUUAUUAUUUGGAAUGAUGAUCUUAGUGGCCAUAUUUUCAGAAACUGGAUUUUUUGACUAUUGCGCAGUAAAAGCAUACCGUCUGUCUAGAGGCAGAGUGUGGGCCAUGAUCAUUAUUCUUUGUCUCAUUGCUGCAUUCCUUUCAGCAUUCUUAGAUAAUGUCACCACAAUGCUGCUCUUUACACCUGUUACCAUAAGGUUAUGUGAGGUGCUCAAUCUUGAUCCCAGGCAUGUCCUAAUAGCAGAAGUGAUUUUUACAAAUAUUGGGGGAGCUGCCACAGCUGUUGGGGAUCCACCAAAUGUGAUUAUUGUUUCCAAUCAGGAGUUGAGGAAGAUGGGAAUGGAUUUUGCUGGAUUCACAGCGCAUAUGUUCGUUGGAAUUUGUCUUGUUCUCUUGGUCUCCUUUCCUUUCCUGAGACUCCUUUACUGGAACAAAAAGCUUUACAAUAAGGAACCAAGUGAGAUUGUUGAACUGAAACAUGAAAUCCAUGUUUGGAAGUUGACAGCCCAACGCAUUAAUCCUGCUAGCCGGGAAGAGACAGCAGUGAAAUGCCUCCUCAUGCAGAAGGUUUUAACGCUGGAGUUUAUGCUCAAGAAGAAGCUCAAAACAUUCCAAAGACAAAUUUCUCAAGAAGACAAAAACUGGGAGACAAAUAUCCAGGAGCUACAAAAAAAGCAUAAGAUAGCAGACAAAAUUCUCCUCAUCAAAUGCCUGACUGUGCUGGGAUUUGUUAUCUUUAUGUUCUUUCUCAAUUCAUUUGUACCAGGCAUUCACCUAGAUCUGGGAUGGAUUGCGAUUCUGGGGGCUAUCUGGUUACUAGUGUUAGCUGAUAUCCAUGACUUUGAGAUAAUACUACAUAGAGUGGAAUGGGCCACCCUUCUGUUCUUUGCGGCACUAUUUGUCCUAAUGGAGGCUUUGGCUCAUCUCCACCUGAUAGAAUAUAUUGGAGAACAGACAGCUGUGCUAAUAAAGAUGGUUCCAGAAGAUCAGCGCCUCGCUGCUGCCAUCAUCUUAGUUGUCUGGAUCUCAGCUCUGGCUUCUUCCUUGAUUGAUAACAUUCCAUUCACAGCUACCAUGAUUCCUGUGCUUCUCAACUUGAGCCAAGAUCCCGAAGUCAGUCUCCCUGUUAAGCCGCUCAUCUUUUCGCUGGCCAUAGGAGCCUGCCUUGGAGGUAAUGGGACAUUAAUUGGUGCCUCAGCCAAUGUCGUCUGUGCUGGAAUUGCAGAGCAGCAUGGAUAUGGCUUCUCUUUCAUGGAAUUUUUCAGAUUGGGCUUCCCUAUGAUGCUUGUCUCUUGCACAAUUGGGAUGUGUUAUCUGCUUGUCGCGCAUGUUGUACUUGGCUGGAAUUCCUAA